UCAUGUAUUCAAUAUUUUUGUCCCCUAUUAUUUAGUUAUUUCAUCUGAUCAUCUCAAGCUUGGAAUUGAGACAGAGCUAACUGGCAUAUUCAACCAAAAAGCUUCAUGAUCAUGAAGCAAACGGAGGUGGAAACUGACACUGUCAUUGGUAAGCCUAAACAGGCAACCCCCCCGCCGCCACCUCCUCCACCCCCACUUCCAAGAUUCUGGGCAAGGAAGACUACCGCAGACAGUGUAACGAACCAAGAGAUUGCCAGGUUCUGGAGGCAGAAGCGUGUUGAGGAAGAGGAUCACCUCCUGGCUGCCAUCAAGGCUGCAGCACGCAUUAGGGCCCGCAAUCUUCCAGAGGAAGACUACAAGCGUUUUGAAGAGUCACUGAAUGAUGAAGACAACAACCCAAAGGAGAAGAUCACAGCCCCAACCAAUAACAGCGAAGGAGAUGAAAAGAACAAUGAAAUUCGAGUAGGAAUAAAGGACUGGUGGACAAAGAGCAAGUAUGCAUACUUAAACCAACCAGCUGUGGAGUCCAUGGACAAUCCAAAGCGAAGAGCAUCCACUUAUAUUCCAAAUUUUUUCAAUUUUAAACCUGCUCCUUUAUAUCCUACAUCACUUGGUGUCUUUUAGACCAUUGGGAUCAGGAGCUGUUUCAACUUUCAAUUGAUUGUAUUACCUUAUAUCAUUACAGUUAUGUGCAGUGACUUGUAUGUGUCAUUGCAAGCUGUGUUCAUUUCUUUAAAAGUGUUCUUGCAAAUCAAGAAUGGUUCGAUAUGCUACUUCUUUCUGUUCUGAGUAA